AUGUUUUUUACAAAUAAGAAUAAUGGUGAUGAUUCAUUCUUAACUGACACCUUUAAUUCCGAGAAAUUUCCUUCUUUAGAGGAACUUGAAGGUUUAACACCUGGUAAUAAUUUUAAUUUUGAAAAAGAAAACAAGACAAAUCAUUUUGACACAACCAAGCCAGAUGAAAAGAUUACUUCUCCAUAUAUGAAUGAAGAUAAAGUCGAAAAUACACUUAAAAACAAGCCAAUUGAUUUAUUAAAAGGAUUGAUGAAACCUUCGACUAAUACCAAAGAUGCUCCUUCAAAGAAUAUUAAUAAACCAAUAAAUACGAAUAAUGCAAUUUUUGAUUCUGCAUUCGGAAGUACUUUUGAAAAUGCAUUUUUUCAAGGAAAUUUCAAAUCUCCUAUACCUACUGCCACCACCAUUAAUAAUGAUAAUGACGAUGAUAUAGAUUAUGUAAAAACUUUAAAAGAGAUGGGUUUUCCAAGAGAAAAUGCUAUAAAAGCACUUGAAGAUAAUGAUUAUGACUUGAACAAAGCAAUAUUUGCUUUAUCUAACGUUUAA